AUGCGACAUGAGAUCACUACGCCGUCUUAUCGAUUGGUUUUUGGAGACUGGCCGACGGGCGGAGCCAAUGCGGGGGUUGCCAGACACAAGCCUCUUACGGUAUCGGGCAAAAGCUCUUAUCAGCCCGCACCCAGCUCCGCACUUGCAACUCCCAGCAGCCACCACCACUCCCGUCUCAUAGAGGACAGAGCUCAGGGCGGGGUAGUUUGGAGACGUUGGCUUGGUUGCAUGUAUAUCUACCACACUAGGAAGCAGAGCGACCUGUUCUGGCACUCAAUCUCAUAA